AUGAGGUUCGAACUUCUACUACUCCUAACUCUUCUACCUCUUUGCGUCGCAGCCGACACCUGCUAUUAUAAGGGAAAAACUCGGAGUAAAUAUGAGAAAUGGGUGGAUGGUCAUUUUCAACUCGAGUGCAACGUUAUUGGAGAACAUCAAACUAUUCGUGUAAUUGGAUGUGCCUCAGAUCGAGGAACUGUGGUAAGAAACAAUAACUUGUCAAAUUUGUCGUUUAUUUCACAUCGAUACAUCUGUGACAGAGCAUUCUCUACUUCUGGAGCCAAUAACUGUCAGCUUCUUCCUGUUUGA